GCGGCCUGUCAGCGUUGACUGACAGGCGCACACGUACACACUCGGCCACGCGCGCGCCGUUCGGCCCCACUCGCGCAGCGCAGUUCAGCGCGGGCCGCAUUGUCCGCCUGCCAGCCCGCCUGCCGCCUCUCCGCGCGCGCCCCGGGUCCCCGCGCCGACCGCCGCUCCCCGGAUUCCGACGCGACUCCCUUCAGGGGAAGGGUCCCCCUACCCACCUCAUCAUGUCUCGACGAAGCCAGCGCCUAACGCGCUACUCCUCCCAGGGUGACGAUGAUGGUGGCAGCAGCAGCAGCGGAGGGAGCUCAGUGAUGGGGAGUCAGAGCACCCUGUUUAAGGACAGCCCUCUCAGGACCUUGAAGAAGAAAUCCAGCAACUCCAAGCGCCUCUCCCCAGCGCCACAGCUGGGCCCCUCCUCAGAUACACACACCUCCUACUACAGCGAGUCCGUGGUCAGGGAGUCCUACAUCGGCAGCCCACGGGCCGCUUCCAUCGCCGCCUCCCUCACCAGGAACUCCCUCCUCGACGACCCCUACUGGAGUGAGGACCUGCGGGUGAGGAGAAGGAGAGGCACAGGCGGCACCGACAGCAGCAAGGUCAACGGGCUGCCGGAGAACAAGCUCUCCGAGGACUUCCUUGGGUCCUCGUCGGGCUACUCCUCUGAGGAUGACUACGUAGGCUACUCGGAGACAGACCACAGGGGCUCGGGGUCACGGCUGCGGAAUGCGGCCUCCCGGGCGGGCUCUUUUCUCUGGAUGGUGGUCACCUCUCCAGGCCGGCUCUUCGGGCUCCUCUACUGGUGGAUCGGCACCACCUGGUACCGCCUGACCACAGCCGCCUCCCUCCUUGACGUCUUCGUUUUAACCAGACGCUUCUCAUCCCUGAAGACGUUCCUGUGGUUCCUCUUGCUGCUGCUGCUUCUGACUGGCCUGACCUAUGGAGCCUGGUACUUCUACCCCUUCGGGCUGCAGACACUCCAUCCCGCUGUGGUCUCCUGGUGGGCCUCGAAGGGGAGCAGUGGGCAGCGUGAGGUGUGGGAGUCCAGAGACUCAUCCCCACAUUUCCAGGCCGAGCAGCGCAUUCUGUCCCAGGUACACUCGCUGGAGCGGCGCCUGGAUGCUCUUGCUGCCGAGUUCUCGUCCAGCUGGCAGAAGGAGGCCAUGCGGCUGGAGCGCCUGGAGCUGCAGCAGGGGGCUGGUGGGCAGGGAGGCGGAGGCGGCGGCCUGAGCCACGAGGACACUCUGGUGCUCCUGGAGGGGCUGGUGAGCCGCCGCGAGGCUGCCCUGAAGGAGGACCUCCGCAGGGACACUGCUGCUCGGAUCCAGGAAGAGCUGGUCACCCUGAGAGCAGAGCAUCAGCAGGACUCAGAAGACCUUUUCAAGAAGAUUGUCCAGGCCUCACAGGAAUCUGAGGCUCGACUCCAGCAGCUGAAGUCAGAGUGGCAAAGGAUGACCCAGGAGUCCUUCCAGGAGAACGCCAUGAAGGAGCUGGGGCGGCUGGAGGGUCAGCUGGCAGGCCUGCGGCAGGAGCUGGCAGCCCUGACCGUGAAGCAGAGCUCGGUGGAGGACCAGGUGGGGCUGUUGCCCCAGCAGCUCCAGGCCGUGCGGGAUGACGUGGAGUCUCAGCUCCCUGCCUGGAUCAGUCAGUUCCUUCUUCGAGGUGGGGGAACCCGCACUGGGCUCAUUCAGCGAGAGGAGAUGGAAGCUCAGCUGCGGGAGCUGGAGAGCAAGAUCCUCGCCCACAUGGCCGAGAUGCAGGGCAAGUCGGCGAGGGAGGCUGUGGCCAGCCUGGGGCUGACGCUGCAGAAGGAAGGCGUGAUUGGUGUGACCGAGGAGCAGGUGCACCGUAUCGUAAACCAGGCUCUGAAGCGCUACAGCGAGGACCGCAUCGGGAUGGUGGACUACGCUCUGGAGUCGGGAGGGGCCAGUGUCAUCAGCACUCGAUGUUCAGAGACUUACGAGACCAAGACGGCCCUCCUCAGCCUCUUCGGCAUCCCCCUGUGGUACCACUCCCAGUCUCCCCGAGUCAUUCUCCAGCCAGAUGUGCACCCGGGCAACUGCUGGGCCUUCCAGGGGCCCCAGGGCUUUGCUGUAGUUCGCCUUUCUGCCCGCAUCCGCCCCAGUGCUGUCACCUUAGAGCACGUGCCCAAAUCCUUGUCGCCCAACAGCACCAUCUCCAGUGCCCCCAAGGACUUUGCCAUCUUUGGGUUCGACGAGGACCUGCAGCAGGAGGGGACGCUCCUUGGCCAGUUCACCUACGACCAGGACGGGGAGCCCAUUCAGACGUUUUAUUUUCAGGAUCCUAAAAUGGCCACGUACCAAGUGGUGGAGCUGCGCGUCCUGACUAACUGGGGCCACCCCGAGUACACCUGCAUCUACCGCUUCAGGGUGCACGGGGAGCCCGCCCACUAGGCCUGCUCUGUGCUGCUGCCGGCCACGCCCCCUCUCUGGGGUUAGGUGCCCAGCACCUCCCCGCCUCCCCGCACACGCUUGAAGCGCACGGACUUCCAGGAGCAAGAAAGGAGCCCUGGCGCGGUGGAGAUGAAAGAACACGCGGGCUUUUCCUGUGCAACGGGCGGCUCGAGCGGUCAGCAGGCCCCAUUCUCUCUCUUCCUUCUUUGCUCUCCGCGUGCCAAGCACUGGGCGUCUUCUCCCUCUUGGAAGGGUGUAUAUAUGUAGCAUGUCGUGGGGAACUGAGGCGGGGAGAGCAGGGUAAUGCCCGUGGUCCAGCAAAAGUGGACCAGACCUGCCUGCCCCUGGCCCGUGUGGAGGGACUGACACCUCGGGAGCUGCACAGGUGAAGCAGGUGCCAAAGCUGUGGGUGAGACAGGCUAGGGCCUGGGGCAGCUGGGCCGUGCCCCCUCCCUCGGCGAGGGGGGUGCUCAGGGUGCAGGUCGGGACUGGUCCCCAGGCACGAAGCUCCUGGGAGCGGGUGGCUGGGCUCCUCCAGACACCAGUGCCAUCAGCCGAGGCUCACAGCGUUCCUGAAGGGUUUCUGUACACUGCUUGUCCUGGGUCAGGGUGGGCCAGGGCCUUGUACACUGGAGGGUCUGGUUCCUGGGAGCCUACAGGAGCCCCUCUGCUGGGGACAGCAGCUGUCUUCUCUCUCCUGACGCCGGGCCCAGGGCCCGCUCUGCUCCCCUCUCGGGCUCGGGCCCACCUGUUCCCCAGAGCAAGCUUGCCACGUGCCCCCAGGGUGUAGGUGCAGACCUGUCCUCUGGGGGCAGCCAGCAGUGUUCACAGAGCUCCCUGGGCCCAGUGACACGAUGAGAGUGACAUCCAGGGUGUCACCAGGGUGGGGUGGGGUGCAGACUCUCGGCCCUGCCCCACCCCAUCAGGCCCCUGAUCCUAAGCCAUCCCUGGGGGCUCAUUCAGCCCUUGCUUCAUUGUUUCUAUUCUGACUCAUUUUCUAUGGGGAGCAGUCACGGGUGGGGGUGGGGGGGUGGUUAAGGAGGGGGUGCUGAGGUGGGAGCUUUUGGACCCGGCAGGCCCUGCUCUAGUGUGUAAAUAUUUUUCAAGGUCUUGUUUUUUUAACUGAGAAGCUAAGGGCUUGAUUUCUAGCCCCGUUCUGUGGGGCCUUGGGUGAAUUCAGUUCCUUGUAACCUGGCUGCCAAGAGGGGCCUGGGGCACUGACUGGGUUCUUACUCUGUGGUUCAUUCCGGCCUGUGGGGAGGGGCAGGAAGGGCUACUGCAUAGGUAGGUGCCCUCGGAAGAGUUCCUAGAGGAGGGGGCUGGAACAGAGGGGGCCCCAGACCCCCUGUGCUGUUCCAGCACCGGCCCUGCCUCCAGGCAGCCAGGUUUUGUUUGCGCUCUCCUGUCACAAAUGCUGCACUAUUGGUUCUUAUUUUUUUUUAUCUCCAGAUUCUAAUUUAUGCCUAUGCAAAAAAUAAAUUAUGCCCAGGGUUAA